AUGGCUCCACGUGGGAACCAAAUGUUGGGCAAUGCCCAUUUCCGCAAGCACUGGACCAAGCGAGUGAAGACCUGGUUCAACCAGCCAGCCCGCAAAAACCGUCGCCGUCAGGCUCGUACUGCUAAGGCUGCCGCAAUUGCCCCACGCCCAGUUGCUGGACUUUUGAGAUCUGUUGUCAGAUGCCCAGGUCAACGACACAACGCCAAGCUUCGUCUCGGACGUGGAUUCAGUCUCCAGGAACUUAAAGCCGCCAAAAUCUCGAAGACCGAGGCCAAAACCAUCGGAAUUGCUGUUGAUUACCGCAGAACCAACAAGACUGCUGAGGGACUUAAGGCUAAUGCUGAUCGUCUUAAGGAAUACAAGGCUAAGCUCAUCCUCUUCCCUAAGAAGUUGAGCGCACCAAAGAAGGGAGACAGCUCUGCUGAAGAACUUAAAGUCGCAGCCCAACUCCGCGGAGACAUUCUUCGCGUUUCCCACGCCGUCACUUUCGAAGAGCCACGCGCUAUCACUGAAGCUGAACGCAAGGUUGAGGUGUUCAGACUUCUUCGCAGAGAAAGAGCCGAUAAGAAGUACCGUGGAAAGAGAGAGAAGCGUGCCCGUGACGCCGCGGAGGAGAAUAAGUAA